AUUCAAAUCCCAAAUUUGUUCUUAAUUUCUUAUCACUAUCAUGAUAAUAACAAAAAAGAGUUUGGUUUUUUCUUCUACAAUUCUUUGUUUUUUGUUUUUUCAUACUAUCAAAAAUGGUAAUAAAAAUCCCAAAUUGGUUCUUUUUUCUUGCAUUUGACGUUGGAAGCUGAAAAUGGAAAUUCAUCAAAAACGGCUAUUUCUUUCUUUUUCGCCAUCUGUGAACACCGCCAAUCACCAUCCGCCACGUGUACUCUACGCUUCUCUCUGUCUUUAUUUUGGUUUGGUUCACUUCAUCACUGUAAGCAUUUUCUCAAAUUUGCUGCAAUGUGUAAACCACGCGCUUUCUUUCUUCUUCUUCUUCAGUUGCUACUGGUAUCUUCUUCCGUUUCUGCUAACAAUAAUGGAUCUCAAUGGAAAACACUCACUGGAAGUCCACCAUUGGUCAUAGCACAUGGUGGUUUUUCGGGUAUAUUUCCUGAUUCCAGUUACACUGCUUAUGCUUUGGCCUUACAAACGAGCGUCCCCGAUGUCGCUAUAUGGUGCGAUGUGCAAUUGACGAAAGAUGAAGUUGGGGUUUGCCUUCCAGAUGUCAACCUUGACCGAUCUACUGUAAUCUCAUCUGUUUUCCCAAAUAAAAGUAGGAGUUACUUAGUUAAUGGUGUACAGACCACUGGAUAUUUUUCUGUUGAUUACACCUUCGAGGAUUUAUACAAUGUCCGCUUAAGACAGGGUGUAGAAUCUCGGUCACCCGAGUUUGAUGGCUUUUUUCAGAUUCUUACCAUCAAUGAUGUAACAAAACUAAUGGCACAAACACAAACAGCAACUUUGUGGUUGAAUAUUCAGCAUGAUAGAUUCUACAGACAACAUAAGUUGAACAUGAAAAGCUUUGUACUUUCUGUUUCUAAGAAAGUGCAUGUCAGUUAUAUCUCAUCACCUGAGAUUGGUUUUCUGAAAAGUAUUAAACCACUCGUCAAUGCAAAAAGAACAAAACUUGUCUUCCGGUUUCUCGAUAAGAAUGACACAGACCCAUCAACCAAUCAGACUUACGGCUCGCUUUUAAAAAAACUUACGUUUAUCAAGACAUUUGCUUCUGGAAUUCUUGUUCCCAAGGGAUACAUAUGGCCUGAAGAUGCUCAUUAUCUACAGCCACAUACCUCUUUGGUCUCAGAUGCACAUAAAGUGGGACUGGAAGUUUAUGCAUCAGGUUUUUCAAAUGAUGCCUUACUUAGCUUUAAUUACAGUUAUGAUCCUCUUUCUGAGUACCUCCAAUUCAUUGAUAAUGGUACCUUCUCCGUUGAUGGUGUGCUGUCCGAUAAUCCCAUAACUCCAUCUGCAGCUAUAGGUUGCUUUUCACAACUUGACACCAAUGCUACGAAAAGAGAUAGAACUUUGAUUAUCUCAAACUAUGGAGCAAGUGGAGAUUAUCCAGCUUGUACCGACGUAGCAUAUAAUAAGGCCAUAUCGGAUGGUGUGGAUGUUCUUGACUGUCCCGUUCAAAUGUCCAAGGAUGGAACACCAUUUUGCUUAAACUCCAUUGAUCUUCUAGGGAGUACCACAGUUGCUAAAACAAGUUUCAUGGGUUAUUCCAUUAUCAUCCCUGAGAUCAAAUCUGGUGAGAGCGUAUUUGCCUUCAACUUGACGUGGACUGAUAUAAAAGGCCUGACCCCCUCAAUAUUGAACCCUUUCGCAAAAGGGUUCGAAUUGUUCAGAAAUCCAAAAUAUGUGAACACUGGGACAUUUGUAACAUUAUCAGAUUUCUUGUCUAUGACAAAAAAUGAGAGUACUUUAUCAGGCAUCCUGAUCACUGUUGAGAAUGCAGCCUAUCUUGCAGAAAAGCAGGGGUUAGGUGUGACUGAUACGGUCAUUGAUGCUUUGAGAAGCGCAGGUUAUGAUAAACCGGGAAGCCAGAAAGUUUAUAUUCAAUCCACCAAUAGCGCUGUAUUGCUGAAGUUUAAGGAGAAAACCAACUAUGAGCUUGUCUACAAGAUUGACGAGAUUGUCUAUGAUGCUUCCAACGAAGCUGUUGAGUAUAUAAAAAGCUUUGCAGAUGCUGUGGUUAUCAACAAGAAAUCUGUAUUUCCUUGGGAUAAUGGCUUUCUGACCAGCUCUAAAACAAGGAUCGUGCCAAAGCUAAAAGCUUCUAACCUCUCAGUUUUUGUAGAAACAUUCAGCAAUGAGUUUGUAUCUCAGGCAUGGGAUUUCUUGUCAGAUUCAACUGUGGAUAUCAAUUCAUUUGUUCAGGAUGCAGAAAUUGACGGGAUCAUUACAGACUUCCCUAAAACUGCUUCUAGAUACAGAAAAAACAGAUGCUUAAACUUGGGUGUUAAGACACCUCCUUACAUGCAACCUGUUAAAGCAGGUGAUCUCUAUACACUCAUUAGCCAGGAAUCAAUGGCUCCAGCUCCGGCUCCGGCUUCACUCCCUCUCUUGACUAAAUCUGAAGUGUUAGAGCCACCUUUGCCCGAUGUUGCUACAAGAUCAUCAGCACCUUCGCCACUAGAUCAGCCUGUACCCAAAAAUGCACAGCCUAAGGUUACUACUGUCUGCUUCUUAUCCAAUGUAGCUGUGUUUGUAGCUUCUUUUCUUUUGCUUUGAGUGCUAGAGAGAAUACAAUAGUAGAUAACAUUUUUAAUUAUAGAACAGUUUAAGGAUUCUUAAAAAUGAGAGUAAAAUUAUGAGUGAUGUAAGUGUGUGAAGGCUUCACUCUAAGAUCUUGCCUUUAUUACCAACUUAAAAUUUUAUUUCUUGGAAUUAGUGUGUAUUAGUACCAAUUGUUUGCAAAACAAGUCAAAAUGUUUGUUAAAUUGAUGAAGAUGAUUAUUUACAAUUUAUUUUUGGUUA